AUGGGUCGAGUCCGAACAAAGACAGUGAAGAAAGCUUCGAGGUAUAUAAUCGAAAGGUUUUACUCCAAACUGACCCGAGACUUCCAUACAAACAAAUUCGUUUGUCAAGACAUCGCAUGCAUAGGGUCAAAAAGAUUGCGAAACAUGAUCGCAGGUUAUGUGACUCAUUUGAUGAAGCGUUUCGAAGCUGGCCCUGUGCGUGGUAUUAGUAUUAAGCUUCAGGAAGAAGAAAGAGAACGAAGAGACAACUACCAGCCGGAGGUUUCAAUAUUUGAUUCUAUGGCCCUUGAAAUUGACCCCGUAGCACAAGAAAUGUUGCAAAGCAUGAACGUUGCUCAUGCGAAGAACAUACGUUUGGUCUAA